AUGGACCCAGCAGGUAGUGCCCAACAGGGAUGCAAGAAGUUGGCGCAGACGUUGAAGAAGCUGCUUCAGCGCGAGCAGGUCUUGCUGCAGCUGCAGAAGGAUCUCGACCGCCAGCAGGAGGAUCUAGCUCGUCGCCAGCAACAACUGAACCGUCGGCAACAACUGGACCAACCUCCCCCGUGGUUCCCACUCUACGAUGGCAAUCCGGGUGGCUGCAGAGGUUUUCUCCUCAAAUUCGAUCUGGAGUGCAGCCGCCGGCCCAUCACCCUCUCCUCCGACCGGUCGAGGAUUGCCUACAUGAUAAUCUUGCUUUCAGGCAAGGCCUUGGCAUUGGCAACCGCUUUGUGGGAGAAGCAAGGUCCCGAGUGCUCCAGCCUCAGGGCUUUUCAGACGGUGCUGUUGUGGGUCUACGACCGGGUUAGCAUGGACAGCUUCGAGGCCGCCAUUGCCUCUGCUCUGAAGAGAGAUGCGGCCCGUAACCCUGCUCUCCCAGUGACGGCAGCUGCCGUUCCUGAAGCCGCGCUUCCAGAGGCACCCAGCCUGGAUGCAGCAGUCCUGGACGCUCCCAGUCCGAGUGAACCUGGCAGCCCAGAGGCUGCCAGCUCGGAUGCCCCCAGUCUCAGUGCACCAGGCAGCCCGGAGGUCGCCAGUCAGGAUGCCGCAGUCUUAGAUGCUGCCAGCCCGGAGGCCGCCAGCCCAGAUGCUGCCAGCCUGAGUGAGCCAGGUAGUCUGGAGGCCGACAGCCCGGAUGAGCCAGGCAGCCUUGAGGCCGACAGCCCGAAUGCUGCCAGCCCAAGUGAACCAGGCAGCCCGGAUGCCGAAGCCCCAGAUGCCGCCAGCCCGAGUGAGCCAAGCAGUCUGGAGGCCGACAGUCCGGAUGAGCCAGAUGCCGAAGCCCCAGAUACCGCCAGCCCGAGUGAGCCAGGUAGUCUGGAGGCCGACAGCCCGGAUGAGCCAGGCAGCCUUGAGGCCGACAGCCUGAAUGCGGCCAGCCCAAGUGAACCAGGCAGCCCGGAUGCCGAAGCCCCAGAUGCCGCCAGCCCGAGUGAGCCAAGCAGUCUGGAGGCCGACAGUCCGGAUGAGCCAGAUGCCGAAGCCCCAGAUACCGCCAGCCCGAGUGAGCCAGGUAGUCUGGAGGCCGACAGGCCGGAUGAGCCAGGCAGCCUUGAGGCCGACAGCCCGAAUGCUGCCAGCCCAAGUGUACCAGGCAGCCCGGAUGCCGACGCCCCAGAUGCCGCCAGCCCGAGUGAGCCAGGUAGUCUGGAGGCCCACAGCCCGGAUGACGAAGCCCCAGAUGCCUCCAGCCCCGGUGAACCAGGCAGCCCCGAUGCCGCCAGUCCCGGUGAACCAGGCAGCUCCGAUGCUGCCAGCCGCGGUGAACCAGGCAGCCCCAACACCUCCAGCCCCGAUGCCUCCAGCCCCGGUGAACCAGGCAGCCCUUAUGCCGCCAGCCCCGGUGAACCAGGCAGCCCUGAUGCCGCCAGUCCCGGUGAACCAAGCAGCUCCGCUGCCGACCCGGACCCCGUAGUCUCCGCUGCUGACCCGUACCCGGCAGUCUCUAGUGCCGACCCGGACCCUGCAGCCUCCGCUGCUGACCCGGCCCCGGCAGUCUCUACUGCCGACCCGGACCCCGCAGCCUCCGCUGCCGACCCGGACCUCGCAGCCUCCGCUCCAGGUGCCCCUGUCCUGAGCGCCCCUGUCCUGAGCACCCCUGGCGCCCCUGUCCAGAGCGCUUCUGUCCCAGGUGCCCCUGUCCUCGUCCCAGGCGCCUGUGUCCCUGCCCCUGUUCCAGGCGUUCCUGCCCCAGGCGCUCCUGGUCCUGUCCCAGGUGCCCCUGUCUCCAGUGUCCUAGGUGCCACAGCCCCGGUUCCUGGUGCUGCCAGCCCCAGUGAACCAGGCAGUCCAGGUACUGCGACUGCCCCAGCCACUGGUCAUGCAACUCCAGCCGUCGCUGACCCGGCAACCCCAGCCACAGCUGGUGCUGCAACCCCAACCUCAUCCUCUGACUGCGUCUUUGCGAGCCUGGCCAGGGGGGUGCUUCUUGGUCUCCUUGGUUCCAACAAGGCUUCCGGUCGCCUGCCAGACCAUUCGCCUCAUGCUGGUCGUCCACCCGACCAGCCGCCAAAGACUCUGCCCCUGCUUGGCCGCCCGCCCGGCCGCCCACCAGACACUCUGUCCCUGCUUGGCCGCUCGCACGGCCGCCCACCAGACACUCGGUCCUGGUUCGGCCGUCCACCCGGCCGGCCACCUGACCCUUGGUUCCUGCCCUCCGGCCUUGUCCUUAACCCCCUCCACCCACCCUUUAUGGACUUUUGGAAAUCUGCGGACGUGAUUGACUGA